AUGCACGUUUUGGCGGCAGGAGGUAGCACCUCGUUUCGCGACGACGACGACGACUCGUUCGGCGGCAUGACCGUAGACAACUCGGACUGUCCCUACGAAAGCUACGGUUGGGACUCGAUUUACGUGCUCGGCGUGUUCGCGACGCUGGUCAUCGUGUUCGGCAUCUGUGCCAACCUGCUCAACACCCGCAUCUUCCUGCAUCGCAUGAUGAGGGCGUCGUUGAUCAACUGGUACCUGGCCGUGCUGUCGAUCAGCGACCUGCUGAUGCAGGUAGCCAGCUUCUUCAUGUUCUGUCUACCUCGACUCGGCGAACUGUUCGGGGAUUUUCGGGUGAUUAACUUCAGCUACGUCAUAGCUUCCAGUGCCUACGCGGUCGGCAUGAUGGCACAGACGACCAGCGUCUGGUUGACGGUCGCCAUGUCCCUGCACCGGUUCGUCGGCGUCUGCCUGCCGUUCAAGGCCGGUCGACUGUGUUCGGCGAGGAACACGCGUCUGGUGUUGAUCAUCGUCGUGCUGUUCGGCGUGGUGUUCAACUUCAGCCGCUUCUUCGAGGUGGUCGUGGUAGGCAGUUGUUUCGCCGAGAACGUCAACUUCACGAUCGUGUUGCUGAACCGCACCGAGCUGCGCGAGGACCCCGUCUACAAGACGAUCCUGCUCGGCUGGUGCUACACGCUGGUCAUGUUCAUCCUGCCCUUCUCGCUGCUCAUCUUCCUCAACACCAAUGUGAUCAGGGCGAUCCGCAGCACCAGGCGCCUGCACGACGAGAUUGGCCAGGACGCAAGACAAGGAGCCCGUCGUCGCGAACUCGCCAAGGAGAUCAGCACCUCGGUGAUGCUGGUAGGCGUGGUGGUGGUCUUUCUGCUGUGCAACACGCUCGCCCUCAUCUUGAACAUCCUCGAAGUGACUGAGGCAUAUCGCUUCUUCGGUCACCUGUUCGACGUACUCGUCUACAUCAGCAACGUGUUGGUGGUGCUGAACAGUUGUGUGAACAUUUUUAUUUACUGUACGUUCAGCGAGAAGUUCCGUCUGUUGCUCAGACACUACACCACUUCUAUUUGGUCGAAUCGCGGCGAGCUGUUGUACGAAAGGACUUCGAUCGCGUGA